UUGAAUGCUUUUUUUUCUUUCGUGUGUGUCUUCAUUUUGUGUCAUUGAUUCGAUUAGGAUUCAGAAUGAACAAGACACAGUGUUGGAAACCGAACAAUAGCGCAGAUGUAGAAGCGAUUCUCAUCGAUGGCGACACAAAUCACAAGUUAAGUGAGAUGGAUGUGAAAGAGAGACAGAGAUGAGAGAAAGACCGCAUGGAGCAAGAUGUAGUUGACAUAACUAGAAGUCAAGAGACGAAACGAGAGACAGUUCUGGGAGCGGCCGGCGGCAAUGUGUGGAACAAUCAAUCUGCCUAUGUGUGCAAAAUAUUUACACGGUCUUCAUUGACACGAAACAAACGAAGUUGCUUAUGUCAAAUUGGCUGAACUGGCAUUUUUCUUCAGUCGACAAACAGAGUGUUGUAUCCAUGAAUCGAAUGCAGUUGUGAGCACAAUCAUGUCAAUACGGACAUUGUUCAGUGAAUUGCAAUCAUUGUUCUCUCAAAUCCGAUCAUUGUUUUGGCAUUGUUUCCUGUUUUUACCUGUUGUAAGACGAAAAAAUGCAAUCGACAGGAGUUUGUGGCUAAGAGGAAAAAAGUUGAUCGCAAAGAGCGUCGGUUUUAGAACCGAACACUUCACUCGUGUGAGCGGCAGUAAUUCGACAAGACAGUCAUCAAUCACAGAAUAGCAAUAGCCGUCGAAAAGCAAACAGAAAGAGAAAUUCUCUUGAACUCUCGACUGUGGAAGGGUUACUUGGCCGAAUGGAAAAAGUUGUUUUUCAACACAUUUUUCCUUGAAUAAAACUGAAGAGCAGUUCACAAAAUUGGAGAGGAUUUUCGAUCGAGAAAACAUCAAAACAAUGUCUGGUCAAGUAUCUGAGCUCAUUCUGCCAGAGGUAUCUGUGGAAUCACCAUCAACCUCGAUCGCAUCACAUUCGACAACGUCAGAUCGCAAGCGACCGCGUGAAAGUGACUCGGAUUUUCUGCCAAAUGCCAAGAAAGCCAUCGAUUCCGAGCCGAGUGCGACACAGUUCACCGAUUUGAACAUCGAUUGCCUGGCGUAUGUGUUCGACCGACUUGAACUCAUCGAUUUGUUCAAUGUGGCCAAUGUGACGGCAGACAUCAAGACAGCAGCUAAAUUGGUGUAUUCAAAGCGAUACUCAAAGCACCUGCUCAAAAUCAGCGGAAUGAACAAGCCAUUGGCGAUUGAUCUCAAUGAUUCGAUUAUUUCCAUCAGUUCGGUGCCAAUUUGCACAACAUUCCUGGAUGCAUUUGGUGAUUCGGUGAAAAAGUUGCAGCUAGAAUACAUCACCAAUAAACAACUGACGGACGAUUGGAUGGGAGUGCGGAAAUUGAUCCACGAGAAGUGUGCUAAACACGUGAUUGAAUUGAAAUUGGUAAAUUGCGAAGAGGAAAUGUUUGCUGGCGUUCAAAGUGCUAUGGAAAAUGUGAAAAGCCUGCGAAUCAGUUGCAGCCAUCUGGGCAAAUGCGUCGAAUUGGACAAAUGGUUUCCGGUCAUCGAGCAACUAGAGUUGAUGCACAACGAUGGUUGUGUUCAAAUUCAAAGCUACUUCCCCUAUCUGUGUUAUUUGGCGAUGGACAUGUGCCUGACAACGGUGGACAUUGAAACGAUGCUCAAAUCAGCACCACAGCUACACACAUUGCGCUUGUGGGGCGGUAUCGAUGCAAGCCUACUGCAAUUCAUCAGUGAGAAUCUGCCAAAUUUGAAGGAUUUGCGAUUGAAUGGCUUUCAUUUGGUGACGGAACAAGAUGAGAUCAUACGGUUCAAGAGUAUUGAAACGCUGCAAAUCUUCACCGGAUUUUUGGGCGAAUUGCCAGACGAUAUACCAUUCGAAUUCGAGCGACUCAAGGAACUCCGAUUGGUCGCCGAUUCACUUGGAGACGAUUGGAUUGACUUUGCAUUGCGACAAACUCAACUGGAAAAGCUACAGCUUGACACGUUUUGGAAACCAGAAAUUGUCGACGGUCAUUUGGUCGAACUGGCCACCACACUCACUCAGCUCAAGGAAGUGGAUGUUGUCGCUGAUGUGACGGCUGAAGGCUUGACGCGUUUUUUGGUGCAACACAAAUUGUUGCAGAAGAUUCGCAUCACGAAAUACGACGAGAUUCAGUACGAUGCUCUGACCAAAGCAGCCGGCACGAAGUGGCACUUGACCCAUGAAGAACGAUCCAUGACCUUUGAACGGAAAAAUUGAAGCCAUGAAGCAAAUCAAGACGUUCAAAGCGAUGGAAGUUUCGAUUAAAAUUUGACGAUCAUUUUUCAAUUCAGUUAAUUUUGAAUUUGAUCCAAGUUUUUUUCAAUUUUCUAUGAAUUUUUAGUCAUUUUGAAAAGAUUUUUGGAAGUCAGUUCCAUUUAGAUUUUAACAGAAUGACUUAUCAUGGUUUGAUUGCGUUAAAAUUGUCCUAAAAUGCAUAAAAAUCAUAUCAUUGUUCAAUCAUUAUAUUUUUUUGUUUCGAACUCAUUAAAAAAGACUUCGUUAUGCGUGUG